AAUAAAAUAGCCUACAAUAUGUCUAUAUUAGACGCACUAACAGUAAGAGAAUCCAUUAAUGAAGAGGAUGAGAUUGAAGAUGCGCCCGAAGAAGAGCAGUGCACAAGAGCCUCACGCAUCUCCGCACAUGGGCGUGCUAAAUCAGACUUUUGCUGCAUUGCCAAGGAAUACUACAGUGAGUACGGGAAUUUAGUGGAUUCAUUGCAAAUCAUACCCAGGUUGAUUGUAAAUAAAAAGGGCUUCAAAAAGAAUGCUACCUAUGGCUUGAGCAUAGCCAUACGCAACAAUGGACUGUAUCCUCGAAAUAUACGUUUUUUUACGGAUAGUCCUAACGAUACACAAUUGUCUGUAUUGGAACACGAGUUGAAUCGAUAUUUGGAAACUGAUAAAGUGAUAAAUAUUAAAAUCUGGAUACGCAGCACUACGGCUCAUGAUAUCAAUCGGCCACGUCAUAUAUUCAUAGAAACAUUUCAUCCAAAUAUUGUUUUUGAAGUGCCCAUUAUAGUUUUGCAAGGCUUAGAGGAGCCCACGUAUAGCAAGACUAUUAUACUGCCGGCCUGUGUGCCCAAGGAUAAGUCCUACUAUGAAAUGAUAAUUUAUAAUCCUAAAAAAGAACCUGUUCCAUUUAAACUAAAAAACACAUUUCAUGGACUUACCAUAAGUGACUUGCACAAAGAUGAAAUACCGCGCUUAGAUUAUGUUAAAUUACUAUUAACAUUUCAUCCCAAAAAAUUGCAAAUUUAUAAAGGAUUUUUCAAUUUGAAAUUUUCCAUGGAGCCCGCCAGGCUAAUAAUGUUUGAAUUUACACCCAAAUCGAUGGGCGCCUAUUUGAGUCAUGGACACAUAGUCUUUGGUCAGACCAAGUUCGAUCAGGAGGAAACACGCAAAAUCAUUAUAUGCAAUGAAAGUCCACAUAUUCUACGCAUGUGCACAUAUUUUAGUAUUCAACAACGUGACACGGUGCAUUCCUCACUCUCAAUAAACUCCAAGAUGUCAAGACUAUUUUCUGAUGCCGUUAGCAUGCAUAGUGUGCUUAUGUAUGACUUUGAGGAAGAGGGACCACCCACAAUAACAUACAACGAAGAAGCGGAGUAUCAUUUUAAUUAUGAUGCACCCGAUGUACUCGAGGCUUAUUCAACGAAUGAGAUUAUAUUGAAAUUUCGACCCAACUGCAUUGAAACCACGCCCUUUUCAGAUGCUAUGGAGCCACCUUACUUUCAACGCACUAAGAUACAUUUUUGCCUUACAGAUUCCGAUGACUGCGUCGAAACUCAAUUCGUUACUAUUGAGGGUGAAGUCGGGGGCAUUGAAGUCGAAAUCUUUCCCAAGGUAAUCGACUUUCGCAAAAUCUAUUUGGGCGAAGAACACUGUGCGUUUAUUAAAAUCUUAAAUGUGGAUGGUGUGAAUGCCAAGGUGAACUUUAAAGACGCUUUGGAAGAGGAUGUGGGCGGUGUGCGUAUCUCACCUGAAGCUGGCUAUGACCUUGCUCCCUGUGAACGCGGCGUCUUCACCUUAUCCUUCUUCACCAUAGUGCCCACGCGCUUUACGCUAACAUUGCGCUUCAAAGUAGUUAACGGUUCUCACUAUAAGGUCUUGAUCAAAGGCACUGGACAGCAUGUUCAACUGCGCACAUUUCCACAGCUGGUGGAAUUCGGCAGCAUUCCCAUCGCUGUGCCCCAAAAGCGUUUCAUGCUGCUCAUGAACCCGCUGGCUGUGCCCAUUACACUACAAGUCACCACCACGGAUGAUGGUGAGGAGCAGCCUUUGGUGUUAAAUAUACGCGAUUCCACAGAAAUGCUGCCCAUUACCGUAAGAGAUCCCAUUAAGCAUUUACAAAAGACUAACGAUGAAUUGCGGGAAGAAGUGGAUCUUACGCAGGACUUUGAGUUUCAGCUAAACGAACAAGAGGAACUGUCCGUCAAGUCCUAUUCACAAAAUGAAUCUAUAUAUAGUGCCGAAUUUGAGGAAGAGGUCAUGGAGCCAGUGCCUGUAUUGGCUUCACAUCUGCUUAAAAAUCUGAAGAAGCAAAAGAUUUUUGAUAAAUCGGAAACAGAUAAGCGCGUUAUACAAGAAACGCUACGAGAAAUGCUCAAUACAAAGUAUUUUAAUAUAUUUUCCAAGCAUAACAAUUUCAUUUUUAUGGACUGGAACGCGUUGCCAAGUGAUCCACGCGAAAUCUACUGCGAUAAUGAGGUAAUAUAUCUCAGACCCAACACCGGACGUAGCAUAACUAUAUUGAUUGUACCGAAUCGUGUGGGCUACUUUCAUCGCUCUCUCACUGUGCGCAUUUGUCCAGCCGUUCCCUUGCCCAGCGAGUCGAGUGAGGAUCAGCAGCACAACACGCUCAUUGAAUCCAAAUAUCUAUGCUCAAAGUUGUGGUAUGAGUUUAACUGUUGCAUACCCGACAUCGAGUGGAUUAACUUUGUUGAUCUGACUGAACGCGUUAUAUAUGCAGGCGAGGAAUAUUACUUUGAUAUGGUAUUUUCCAAUCCCUCCACAGUGAGUGGCUUUGUGCACUAUGAAGUUGUGCCCAAUGAAAUGAGCUUUCGCGACGGCACUUGGAAGUUUUUUAUUGCAGGUGGCGCUCAGGCAGUGGCCAAGUGUUCCAUUUCAUUUCACAUGAAAGGUCAGAACAAGCUAACAGGCUUGGUAAAAGUCGUAGGCGGACCACAUCCCUAUCCCUUUCAUAUAUUUGCGCAAGUGCUGCCACCGGAAAUACGCAUACGACCCAGAUUUGUGCAUAGACUGCUGCAUGUUUAUGAAGAAAAUAAAAUACACUUCUACAUAGACAACUGUUCGCCGACAAACACAAUGCUGACCUUGAGAUUAGAAGACUGUGAGUUUCAAUAUCUGACCACGCGAGGUGGCGUGCUGGCCGCCACAGGACAAAGCAUGUAUACCACCUUAGUAUCAAUGUUUCUUGACCCAGAUCUAUAUCGCAACACUUUGUAUGUCGAUUUGCAGUUUGAUCAUGUUAUGGAAAUACCCAUAACAUUUUUAGUUGAAGGCGUGCCGCUUUAUUUUGAGCCAGAUAUUAAAAAGGGCUAUGAUGCUGGCCUACUGUUUACCGAUAGCAAAGAAGACUUCAAUGCCAAUAUCUUUAAGCAUCGCUUUAAGGUAAAAGUAAUCAAUCGUGGGCAACGUUACUAUCGAGUGUCCAUCAGCCGCUUGAAAACCUAUAAUCCCACAUUAAGUGUAAGCGCCUGCACUAGUUUGCCGCUAAUGGCGCGCUUUGAAAUCCAGCCCAAGUUAUUAGAGCUAUCGCCCAAUUCUUUCGACUAUAUGGAGGUGCUCAUUAGCGCCUAUGAGGAGGGCGUCUACCAAGCCGAGUUUAUGCUAAACAUCACAGACAUUAAAUAUCCACAACGCAAGCAUAUUUUAAAAGUCACUAUCAAGGCUACAUUUGUCGACUGUCAGCUGCAGUGGAGCCCCAGGCAGCUGAAUUUUCACUUUCAGCCCAAGACGCCACUCAAGGAUCGCACACAUAUUGCCAUUGCCGAGCUCAUCAAUCCAUUUGAUAUACCUGUGGAAAAUGUAAUACUUACAGCUUUGGGACCAUUUCGCAUUAAAGCCCUAUUUGAGCAUCUGUUCGAAAGGCAAAUCAGCACUCGUUUUGAUUCACACGAGCAUAAAGAAAUCUUCGUGCUGUUUCAUAGACCAGCGUUGAAGCAGCUCUGCUGCAAGCUGAUUGAGGGACGCGUUACAGCCUGUGCCGAGGGCAUGCCACAAAAGUAUUUACAAGUGCGAGUCCACGUGCUAGUGCCAGAGCUUGCUAUCAUGUUGCCCGAGCUGGUGCUCUUCGAUCGUGGUAGAGCCUACGAAACCACGAUUAAUAUUGUCAAUCUGGGCUGUGCAGCUGCCAGUUACAAAUGGCAUAGGCUUUGGGUUACGGAUCGAUUCGUUGGUGACGAUGAUCCAGCCGAUGUAGUUGCAGAGAUUUUGGAUGAAAUUCUACGCAUGCUGGAGUACAACUUUAAAUGUGAUGAAGAGCCGAAUAUGACGCUGCGCUAUCAGCUCUGCCGCUGUCAGUUUCAUCACGAGACCGAAGUGGGCAACCUAGUGCUGGAAAUUAUAGAAGAUAUUAUUAAUGAGCUGGAUCUCAGUCAGCGUCGUUUUAUCAUCAAUUUGAAUGAAAUGGAUAUAUCGCUGGAUGACAGCGCACAGCAUAGCACAACGAGCUUUAUACAACACACAUUGGAUGAACUGCUCAAUCGACUUAAUGUCGAAUCGAGUCAAGAGUUAUCAGAAGCUUCUUCGGAGUAUUGUUUCUUGGAUCGCUUCAUCUACUUUUACGAAAAGACUGGUGAAGUGGCCAUUAAAAAUAGUCAAGAUUGUGUGCUACACUUGCCGCAUAUAAAUCGUGGACAUGAAUUAAAAACGGUUUUUCAAUUGGGUGUUAUUGGCGGCAUAGCCAGCUCUUUAGCUGUAACACUCGUAAAUUUAAAUGAGAAAAUUCGAUUUCAUAAUGACAAUGUGUACCUCAAUAUUAAGCCUUGGUACGAGCUCUUCAACACGACUAUACGCAUUUCAAAUGUCACUCAAUAUCCGCUGCAGUUGAUUUUUGUAGAUAUGAGACCAGAUCAAAAAGAAUGGCGUUUUGUUGAUGGCUAUGCGAAGAUAAUGCAAAGCUAUGAUCUAGCUUUGGAGCCCCUGGGCAUCGAUAAAAUUCAGCUGAGUGGCAUACUUGGCUUCAGUGAAAACUUUCAACGUUCCUUUGCUGUGCUCAUUAACAAAAGCGCACUCAGCUAUUUCCGUUUGCGUGGUCAGGGCGUUUUACCCAUAUUAUGCAUGACGUCACAACUGCCCAGAGUAACACAAAGUAUGGUAGAGAUUUUAGAUGAAUAUACCUGCAUGCGUAUAAUAUAUAACUAUGAGAUAUUUAAGAGCAUAACAGAGACGGACGAAGAGCCGCCAGGCGGCGACGAGGAGGAAGAUUUUAUGGAAGACUAUCCUAGUGAGGACUUUAGCGUAAUGUCCAUAAGCGGUGAAGAGGAAAUGAGCGACGCUCGUCAGCGUGCGCAUGAUUAUCAAUUUUAUAGAAUGUUACGCACUUAUGUCUUGGUUAACAAUAAUGAGGAACUACCCAAUGCCGUGGUGUUAAAUCAAAUGCUCUUAACUGAACGUUAUCUGCGUCGUUUGCGCUAUAACUCGGAAGUUUUCGACAUACACCAGCAAGUGUAUCAAACCUAUUUGAAGGAAGGUAAAAACAUGGGCUAUAAGCAGCCGUCUACGGUCAAGCAUAUUACUGUGCAGCCCUUGCCUUGUGAACAGCAUGGCUACGUACUGGACUUGGGUCCCUUGACACGUAAUACGCUAAGAAAGUUUGAAUUGAAUUUACAUUUCUUUGGACCUGGCAAGCUAAUAGCAGCAGCACGUACGGCUGUGCGCAUUCCGGGCCUGUUUGUGGACUUUCAAGUGGACAAUCAUAUCGACAAAAAGUUUACGUUUUGGGCUGAGCAAUGCAAAGCGCCAGAAUUUUUCAAGGAUUCUUAUCGUAACAUGUUGGAACGUGAAGUGGAUGCUGAUAAAGAUCCAAAGCUUAAGCAUGCGCACUCUUUUGAUUUGAAUGAAAUUGUUAUACAUCAGCGUGAUGUAAACGCUGUGGAUCGUCGUAUAAUCGAUGAAUAUUAUAUCAGCUUUAAUCCUUCGGUUUAUCCAGAUCAUAAGCAUCAUUUUACUCUGGCUAAAGUAUAUACGGCGCAUAGCUCAAAUUUCUCUGGUGUGGAUGUACGUUUAGUGGGUUACUUUAGGCCGUCUUCCAAGUACUACAAGCAUCAGCAGCGCAUAGAGGAUUACAUAUAUAUAGAUUUACAUAUGGGCCCCACUCUACCCAUACUACUAAAAGGCAUUUGUGCGGCUUAAACACAAGUUUUAUUAUUAUUUAUUAAUACCAUUAAAAGUUGCAUGUGCUGUUAAGUAUAUGAU